UGACAGCCAAAGUAGCCUGCGCCCUGAAAACAGCCUUGGCCCUGUUACUCAGAGGAGCGAACACAGCCCAUCCCCGUUUGGAACGAGGGCUUUUGUUUGGCCCAGAAGUGCUGGAGUUAUAAUUUAAUAGGGAUCGGCUUCAGCUCCCAAGGAAUAUGAUUGAAAACAGCAUGUUUGAGGAAGAACCAGAUGUGGUCGAUUUAGCCAAAGAGCCUUGUUUACAUCCACUAGAGCCGGAUGAGGUGGAAUACGAGCCCCGGGGUUCACGGCUGCUGGUGCGAGGCCUGGGAGAGCAUGAGAUGGACGAGGACGAGGAGGACUAUGAGUCGUCUGCCAAGCUGCUGGGCAUGUCAUUCAUGAACCGAAGCGCGGGCCUUCGGAACAGCUCAGCCGGCUACCGGCCGAGCGCAGAGGGGGCUUGUUCGGUACCCUCGGCAAGGACCUUGGUGGUGUGUGCUUUCAUCAUUGUGGUUGCAGUCUCUGUAAUCAUGGUGAUCUACCUACUGCCUAGAUGCACCUUUACCAAAGAAGGAUGCCAUAAACAAAACCAAUCAAUAGGACUAAUUCAGCCACUUGCGACAAAUGGGAAAUUGUUUCCAUGGGCACAAAUUAGGCUUCCCACUGCCAUUAUGCCACAGCGCUAUGAACUUAGCCUGCAUCCAAACCUAACCUCAAUGACGUUCAAGGGUUCUGUGACAAUUUUACUUCAGGCUCGUCAGGCCACGUGGAACAUUAUUCUUCAUAGCACUGGUCAUAAUAUUUCAAGAGUGACUUUUAUGUCAGCAGUUUCAAGUCAAGAAAAACAAGUUGAAAUCCUAGAAUAUCCAUAUCAUGACCAAAUUGCCAUCGUGGCCCCUGAAGCUCUGCUAGCAGGGCACAGUUACUCUGUGAAGAUAGAGUACUCCGCAAAUAUAUCCAGCUCUUACUGUGGGUUUUAUGGGCUCACCUACAGAGACGAAAAUAAUAAGAGAAAGUACUUUGCAGCCACUCAGUUUGAACCUCUGGCAGCAAGAUCUGCUUUUCCUUGUUUUGAUGAACCAGCGUUUAAGGCCACAUUUAUCAUCAAGAUCAUAAGGGAUGAACAACACACUGCUUUAUCAAAUAUGCCUAAGAAGUCCUCAGUCUCCAUGGAAGACGGGCUUGUUCAGGAUGAGUUUUCUGAAAGCGUGAAGAUGAGCACAUACCUGGUUGCUUUCAUUGUUGGAGAGAUGAGGAACCUGAGUGAAGAUGUGAAUGGAACCCUGGUUUCUGUAUAUACUGUACCAGAAAAGAUUGGUCAAGCUCACCAUGCCUUGGAAACAACUGUGAAGCUCCUUGAGUUUUAUGAAAACUAUUUUGAAAUUAAAUAUCCACUUAAAAAAUUGGAUUUGGUGGCCAUUCCUGACUUUGAAGCGGGAGCGAUGGAGAACUGGGGCUUGCUCACAUUCCGAGAAGAGACGCUGCUGUAUGACAACACCACUUCUUCAGUUGCGGACAGAAAGCUGGUGACGAAAAUCAUUGCUCAUGAGCUGGCUCAUCAGUGGUUUGGUAAUCUUGUAACGAUGCAGUGGUGGAAUGACCUGUGGUUGAAUGAAGGUUUUGCCACUUUCAUGGAGUAUUUCUCCUUGGAAAAAAUAUUCAAGGAGCUGUACAGUUAUGAAGAUUUCUUAGAUGCUCAACUUAAAACCAUGAAGAAAGAUUCCUUGAAUUCAUCUCAUCCAAUAUCAUCAUCUGUCCAGUCGUCAGAACAAAUAGAAGAAAUGUUUGAUUCUCUUUCCUAUUUUAAGGGAGCUUCUCUCUUAUUGAUGCUCAAAACUUUCCUCAGUGAAGAUGUAUUUCAACAUGCUGUUAUCCUUUACCUGCAUAAUCAUAGCUACGCGUCCACCCAAAGUGAUGACUUGUGGGACAGUUUUAAUGAGGUGACAAACAAAACUCUAGAUGUCAAGAGAAUGAUGAAAACCUGGACCCUGCAGAAAGGAUUUCCUUUAGUGACCGUCCAGAGGAAAGGAACAGAACUUUUUAUACAACAAGAAAGAUUCUUUUCAGGCAGGAAACCUGAAAUCUACCCUGUGGAUGCAAGCUACCUUUGGCACAUUCCCAUAACCUACGUCACUGAUGGGAGAAACUACUCAGAAUAUCGAGCAGUGUCGUUACUGGAUAAGAAAUCAGAUAUCAUCAAUCUUACAGAACAAGUGCAGUGGGUCAAAGUCAAUACAAAUAUGACUGGAUAUUACAUUGUGCACUAUGCAGAUGAUGAUUGGGCAGCACUAAUCACACUGUUAAAAACAAAUCCCUAUGUUCUGAGUGACAAAGACAGAGCCAACCUCAUCAACAACAUCUUUGAACUUGCUGGCCUUGGCAAGGUGCCUCUUCAGAGGGCAUUCAGUUUGAUGGAUUAUCUUAUUAAUGAGAACCAGACUGCACCCAUUGCCGAAGCCCUGUUCCAGACGGGCCUAAUCUAUGACCUCCUGGAAAAGCUGGGGCACAUGGACCUGGCCUCAAGACUGGUGAGCAGAGUACACAAGUUGCUCCAGAGCCAAAUCCAGCGACAGGCUUGGACCGACGAAGGCACGCCGUCUGCACGAGAGCUUCGCUCAGCCUUGCUGGAAUUCGCCUGCACCCACAGCCUGGAGAACUGCACCACCACUGCCAUGAAGCUGUUCGAUGACUGGGUGGCAUCAAAUGGCACAUACAGCCUACCUACUGAUGUCAUGACUACUGUCUUCAAAGUUGGAGCAAAAACCGAGAAAGGCUGGUCAUUCCUGUUAAGUAUGUACAUCUCCAUAGGCUCUGAAGCAGAGAAAAACAAAAUACUUGAAGCUCUUGCCAGCUCAGAGGAUGUGCGGAAGCUUUACUGGCUAAUGAAAAGUAGCCUUGAUGGAGACAUCAUCCGAACGCAGAAGUUGUCGCAGGUCAUCAGAGCAGUGGGCAGACACUUUGCUGGACAUUUGCUGGCGUGGGAUUUUGUCAAGGAGAACUGGAAUAAGCUUGUGCAGAAGUUCCAUCUGGGGUCCUAUACCAUGCAAAGUAUCGUUGCUGGAUCAACUCACUUGUUUUCAACAAAGGCACACUUGUCUGAGGUCCAGGCAUUCUUUGAAAGUCAGUCCGAGGCAACCUUCCGGCUGCGCUGUGUCCAGGAGGCUUUGGAAGUCAUUCAGCUGAAUAUCCAGUGGAUGGAGAAGAACCUGAAAGCUCUCGCGUGUUGUCUGUAGUUGCACAGCCACACGUGUCGCCCACUCGGAGCUGUGGCCGGCGUGGGCGGUGCUGCUGUUUUUGCAAACGCCAAGGUGGAGAAGCCAGGACAGCUGCUAAGAUGUUGCACUGCUGAGAGUCCUCGUUAGCUCAGGGCCCAACCAGUUUGCAUUUGUGGUUCUUUUAAUGUCUUUUCUUAAAUGUCUUUAAACAGUAUGUAGUUAUUUAUUGCAAAAUCAUACAUCAUCUAUCUUCAAAAACGAGUAUUUUUUUUCUACUUAGAACAUACAAACGAGGAAAGGAUUUCAAGAUUUAGAAUUCUGUUCUAUUUCUCAGUACCUAGCAAGUUACUGACAGAGUGAAAGCAGGCCAGGUCCGCCGUGAGAACCGCCGUGUCCGCAGACUGCUGACCUGUCAGCCUGGCGGCUGCGCGCUGACAGAGGCUGUUGGGGGGGGGUUCCCUUGGCCUUGAGGAGCUCAGGGACGAAGACAGUGACACGCAGCUGUAGACGGCGGAUCUCAGGAGUGCGGGUCCACUUUGAUUUGGGGUUCUGUGUUAUCCCUGAUUUUCUUUUAAAAAAUGUCUAAUAACUAUAACUAUUAUACUUUAUCCUGAAGAACAGCCAGGUGCUACAGAAAUUAAAAAUUUUUUGGUUGGGUUGAACAGCUGAGUGACCAGGCCAAAAAGUUAAAAUUUCCAAAUAUUUAGCACUUUCUGCUUCAUCUUUUAUCACUAUAGGAAAAUGUUCCAAACCAAGUUAGUUUUACUUAUAAAUGCCAGUAUUCCCCAAAUCUGUGUUCUGUCAUCACUCCUGUCCUCAAUAGACCUUAUGUAUUCCUGUAUUUCUGACUAAUACUCCCAUUAGGCACUGGUGUCUCAUGUCAUAACUUUUAUCACUAAGUUUAAGUUAUCACAGUUUUAGUUGGUUUUUGACCUUACAAAUCACAUUCACUUUCUGAAUCAUAUUCGCAUAGGUUUUCAUUUUAUAAGAUACAAUGGUAUAUUUGAAGCAUUUUUAAAAUGGAGCCUUCACGAAUUUUUUUUCAUUUAAAGUUCACCAUAGUACCUUAAAGGAAGAAAAAGAAUGUGAUAUAGAAGUAAUUUGAAUUAAUGUUUAAUAUGGUGGGCUUUGAACUUUUUUGCACUAUUGAAAGCAGUGCUUUUGCUUGAUUGACAGAAAAAAAAAAUGUAUUUUCUUCUUUUAUCAUGGCCAAACUACCAUUAAAUGGAGUGGCCAAAGAAUGAAAAAAUAAGAGAGAAGGAAGAUGUCGGGCUAGAAUGGCAUCUUCACUCCUGCAGAAGGAGAAAUACUGUACUUGAAUUUUUUGAGCUAUGCAGACUUAUUCCUAGAUUGUGUGUUCCUUUGAUUCAUAGGAGAGUUUUCUUCCUAAUGACUCAUGGGAAGUUUAUAUUUUGUUAGAAAACUGUCUGUGUACAUAAGGGGAGCUGCUCAGUUGUGAGCACUUUAAAACACUCCACCGAGCCUGACAGCAGAUAGAUUGCCUUUACUUUCAGCAGAUGCAACGCUAGAAUGUGGAGUUGUAUACAAAGUCUUAUUUUAGUAAAAUAUUUUUAUAUAACAAAAUUUUAAUGGCUGGCAAGCUAAAAGAUAGCGCGCUUUAACUCUAGUGUGUUUUCUCCCAAUUUAGUCUUUUCUGAACAUUUAUCUCUGUUUUCCUUUUUUUGAAUAGAAAAUAUUAUUCCUGAGAAUCCCAGAAACAUCUGAAGAUGUCUUAUUAAAACAAGUAACUGUAGAUCUUUAUUUCCAUUGUGCUUUGGGUAAAUGAAUGAUAGCUUAGUUGGUAUUGAAAGAAGGGUUUUGUGCUUUCACAGUGAAGGAAACAUACCAAACUUUCGAGGGGGUUAGUUUGUGCUUUUUUUAACCAUGUUCUAUUAUAAAUUCUACUUUGAAACCAAGUUUAAGUUUUGCUACUUUUCAAACUAAGUUAAGAUACUUCAAUUUUACCUACGCAUCUUGACAUUGCUCCUAAAAUACGUACUAUCACUGCAUAUGGCAAAUCUUGUCUUCACCUACGUAUUUUUUCUGUUUGUGUGUGAAUAUGUGUGGUGGUAUUAUAAAAUAACUAUGUCAAAACUGGUCUACAAGAGUUAAUUCGUGUUCCACUAUCCGCUCUUGCUAUACUAAACGCUAUUCAUUCUCAUGUGCUGCUUCCGUAUCUUUUCAGUUAUUGUAAUAGGCCUUACCUUAAUUUUCCCUUGGAAUUUCAUGAUUUUUAAUGUAAUGUUAACCCAUUUAUGUAGGCUCUCUUAGGACCAACUCUUAAGUCACGGAUAUAAGGUUAAGAGGUAGCACUUAUUGUGGAAGUAAGUGGGCAGCUUUCAGAUUUUCACCCCCAAAUUUUAGUGGCCGUAGUGCAUUUCUGAAAACUCAGGCUGUGCGCAGAGGUGCGGCACUCGCUGGAUCGGCGCACGCACGACGCCGGCCGCCUUGAGUACUGCUGGGUAAGCUCGCUACCGAGAAGCUGUCCGCCUGAAUGCAGCGUCAAAGCCGCCAGGCACGAGGUUACUCUGAAAGACAGAACUGCAAACCUAGACUUGUUGAAGGAAAAAUUAUGCUCUGUAGAUCUCUGAAACGUUAUGAGAAUCGCAAUAACACUGAAGUUAUUAAAAAAAAAAAAAAAAACAAA